AUGCAACAGCUUACAAGAGAACUCAGAGCUAAAAAUAUAAAGUAUGAAUGUUAUGUAUUAGGUCAUGAACUUUGGUUGUUGCUGUUUGAUGAAACAAAUGAGUUAGUUAUGUCAGUCAAGAGAACAGAAAAAGGCGUCAAAGGCGCCGAGCGCAAAGCGCUAUAUUGUGUUAGUGAAAACUGCACCAAGUCAAUAAGAUUAGGUUUGCAUUAUGAAGAUGAGUUCGAUACUGUUGAAGAUGUUUUGGACAGAUAUUACAAAUUGCUAACUUGA